UAAUUAACUCAGUCGCUUUCGGUGACCAACCAUAUCCGAAAACCUAAAGAUUCUCUCUCCCAAACCAAACCUUCAAAUUUCAGCAAGAGAGAGAGAGAGAACUUACAUAGCUCAGACUUCGAUCAUCAAUUUAGGGUUUCUUAGUUCGAUUCCCCGAUUACCCAAUACCCAAUUUUACAGAUCAGGUCUGAGUGUUCUAGUUGUUCGGCUGUUUCUAUCCGCUAAGUUUCAUGUCUGAUCUUGACAUCCACAUUCCUACUGCCUUUGAUCCGUUUGCUGAUGCAAAUGCUGAAGACGCUGGUGCUGGUGCCAAGGAAUACGUCCACAUUCGUAUUCAGCAGCGGAACGGUAGGAAAAGCCUGACCACUGUUCAGGGAUUGAAGAAAGAAUUUAGCUAUAACAAAAUUCUCAAGGACCUCAAGAAAGAAUUUUGUUGUAAUGGCACUGUUGUCCAGGACCCAGAAUUAGGGAAGGUUAUUCAACUUCAAGGAGAUCAGAGGAAGAACGUCUCCACUUUCCUCGUUCAGGCUGGUAUUGUGAAGAAGGAUAGCAUCAAAAUCCACGGUUUUUAAGUCUCAGCUACGAGAAUUUCCGGGAGACUUAAAAGGUCUAUCAUGUUCUAAGCCGGAAGAGCUACCCGAUGAAGUAUUAGUUAUAUAGGUGGUGUCAUAUUAUCUAUAAUGUUAGUCUGAUGCUCUGAUAUAUUGCAUCCUAUGUUUCUUGUGCUGUCAACUCUUUAAGCUAUAUGUGAUGUUGAAUGACAAUGAUAACCAUUGCAUAUUAUACAUAAAUAGUUGUCAAAGUCUUGAGAUCGAA